AUGAAGGCCCAGAGUUGGUUAGUGACGGUAUUGUGUGUACUUCUGUGGCUGGGCACAACGCUUCACGCUCAACCCCAACCUACCAAGGAGACAGGGCAGGACGUCCGGGAACGGAGGCCGAGACAACAACUGUUCUACUCCCUGUGCGGUCGAGGACGCCACAUCUGUUUCACCGACGGUUGGUGCGCGAAAAGGAAGGAGUGCGACAAGAAGAAGAAAGGGAUCAAGCGGCACAUGAAUGAACGGUACGAGAACCCGCCGGACUACGAGGCCGAAGUCAUGUGCUACACAAAAAACAACGUGCACCGCUGCGUUCUGAGCGUCAUGAGUUAGACAACGUAACUUGAAAGUUCAUCUGUGUUGGUAGAAGUCUUCAAUGGAUCAAAGUUUAACUAUUAUUUCCAGCACAAAAAUUGGACUUAACCCAAUUUUCGACUGUCCAAUUGCAGUCUUUGUCAAGGAAUGAGCGUUCCUGCAACUUAUGAUCCACUGCUCAUCGAGUCACGUGUGCUAUCUAAGUAACGUGACGUCACCGAAGCAAGGAAUUGUCCAUUCCUUGGCAAAGACUAAAG